UCUUAUCUUAUCUUAUUCAUAAAUUGUGCAAAAUUAAAAAAAUAAAUUAAAAAAAAGCAAAAUUCCAACAUCUGCUAAUUGAUUUUCAUACAGAAUUGAAUGGAAACCAUAUUGGCUGCCUGGAUCAGUAGGAAACAGUACAUCAUGUAUAUGAAAAGUCAUAAAAAUAUCAUGCGUAUACAGGCUUUGAUAUAUAACCAAGUAUGGUGGGUAUCUUUUUCGUUCAUGUAUUUCCUAUAGGUUUGUGGUGGAGGAGGAGGGCUGCUGCUCCUCCUCCAGGAUCUUCACCGUUUCUGCUCACACUUGAUGGCUGGUGAUCACUAAGAAUAACUGGUCCAACCGUGGGACUGGCCUGGACCAGCCUCAGAUUCCCACGACCCCUCCUCUCCACACACACACACACACAGAGAGAGAGAGAGAGAGAGAAAUGAAAACACAGGCUGCAGAGGCGCACACGCAGAGAGGAGGACACAGAGAGAGAGAAGCAGAGCGGCUUUGCACCACUUUUAUGUAAAGCCAGAGGAUGACAGCAGCCAGUCCCGUCUGCAGCCCCGCCUCCUCCCACUCUUCCCAGUCGUUACCUGUUUGCCUCCCAGCAUGCUACACACACCUGAAAAAAAGGCAAAGCCCUCCAGACCAAGCUGCACCUGCGCUCCGCUCCGGGCGUGUGGCUCCUGCUUGGCGUGGCGGUGGUUCUGGUGGGGAUGGCCGUCGCGGUGGCGGGCUACGUAUCCGCGGCGCCCAAGCUGCCCGUCGUGGGCAGAGGCAGCACCCACAUUGACAGGAUGAAACUGGCCGGGCCCGUAGUCAUGGGGGUGGGCCUGUUCAUCUUCAUCUGCGCCGCCACGCUGCUCUACGAGAACCGGGACCUGGAAAUCCUCAGGCGUGACCCGCCCGAUGACCUUGAGGAUCUGAAGGGUGGGGACGGCUGGGAGGACUCACAGGAGCAGCCCAGCUUCAGCUCCCAGGAGCAGUGGGGGUGUAAAGAUGGAGAGCAGGGAUCCUGGGCCGCUCCGACUCACACGCUCCCCCUCUCCAGCUCCAACCAGAACUGUGGUCCACCUCUUCCUCCACCUCACGCGGACACCAGCAGCAGGCCGUCACCGCCGUCUCCUUCGAAUGCAGGAGGUAGAGAUGGAGAGGAGGAGGAGGAGGAAAAGGAGGAAAAGGAAGGAAGGUCUACCCUCCUGACCCGAGUUCUGCACCACCAGGAGCCAACUCCUCGCCCUCCCUCACCAUGCCCCUCCAUCUCCUCCGUCUACUCAGACUCUUGCAACUCCAGUGAAAUCAACGUCAACACACGGACAGGCCUUCCUCCACACUGAAACCACCCACUGGUUUCUACGGUCUCAUAAAAUAUGCAUGAUGAGAUUCAUUUAGAAGUUUCACGUGCAGAGACACACUUAAAUAGACGAGACUAUGCAUUCCUCAAUAAACAGAUUAAACGUUUGUUGGUAUGUUUUAGUGCCACAGAGUGGCGCAGUGGCUCUGAGUCACUGUCUGUGAAGGGUGGUUUUGUCCUACAUCGUUUCUCUGACUCACCCACGUUUGAAAGAUUGGAGCUAUGCCGUUUGAUGUCAACUCGCCAUCUUGUUGUCUUUGAACUCACCCGUGCCCGAAAAUCCCUAAAGCCACUGCUUGUUUGACCAUAUUUGGACUCGAGGAGGGUUUGCUGAAAACUUAUUUGGGUGCCGUACUGCGAGAUGGACACACUGACUCACAUGCAGAGCGUCUACAAUUCCUCUGUUAAGAGGAUGAGCCAGAUUACGCCUUAAAUGAGUCUUUAUCUAAUCUCACACAUACUGUAAUCUGCUCUUUAUCUGAGGAAAUUGUGUCUCGGAGUAAACAAGAGAAACGCACAAGGCCAAACUCCUCUCACUCGACACCUACGGCCCCGCUAUAAAUACCAGCUGCUGUUCUGUACACAUGCAAGCGUGGACUCCAGUUUCAGUGUUUUUACUGUAAUUCAACUUUUUUUUUGUGUCAGCUGCUCAGUUUCUCUCCUUUUUCUCAAGUGUGUCGAGGCGAGAUCUUAAAGAAUUUCAAUCAGAUGGUGGAUAGAAAGAAAAGAGCAAAAUCUGGUGAGGCUGUUAUGAGUUAUUUCUGACGCAGCUCAGCUGAGAAAAAGCGGUCCUAUGAGUAGUGUAACUGAAGCCUCACUCUCCCACCAUCCCGACCUUUCAUCUCCUCUCGCUUCAUCAUCUGAUUCCUACGCUUUAUUCAAAUAUCCUGUCCUCCAUCUCUCAAUCUUUGGCUUCUGCAAAACAGAGCAAAACAAUGCAGAGUCAAAUGCUGAUGAUCUGGUCCAAUUAAACGAAAAGCGAGCAUGUUUGAACAGUAAAGUAAAGGGGGGAGGAUUUUAAUUAUCGCCAGCAUUUUCUCCUCCAGCCUCUAAUUACGCAGGGGAUCAGUCUGAAGGGUUUUAUAGGAGCUUCAGGACUGCGGAGCAUUUCCUUGUUGUUCGGGCCCAUGCUGGGAUCCUGCCAUCCAGAUGACGACUGAGACUGAAGCGUACAGUAAUUUGCAGCCACACAUUUCACUCACUAAAGGCAGCACCCAUCUCUCUCCUACACACACACACACACACUCACACGCACACACUUGGUAGAAGGGUUCGUGUAGGUACAUUAUGCUGUUUUAAGAUGCUGGAUGUAUAUUUCAGUAGCAGGUAUGAGUCGAGGAGAUGUGUCUGAGUCUUGACUGAAUCUUGCAACAAGCUGCAAGCAGCCUCCUUCACACUUAGGAAAGCAGCUCUCUCCUCAUUCACACACACACACACACACACACACACACACACACACGAGUCCUUCUCACUGUGAGAGAUGCUCUGACGUGUUUACAUUUAGAGGGAUUGAUGCUGAAUGUCAGAGCUGCAGCCAAAGAUUGCUGACUGAUUGAUCUGCAGAUUAUUUUCUCGAUUAUUGUCUAAUAUUUUUUGUUCACACUCAGUUGCCAGUUUAUUAGGCACACCCAGUUUCAACUAAUGUGGUUUGAUUCAACAGUCCUGCAAUAAAUCCUAUCUUCACAAA